CUUCUCUUCCCGAUAUACAUGAACAUGCAUAAGCUGAAACUGUUUUACGGCACAUAUCGUGUGAUCUUCCUGAUCUUCUUAUGUUCAUGGCUCUGGACAACUGUGAAUGCUCAGGAAACGUCAGUGACAGAUAAACCAGCAGAACCUACAGAAACAUCCGGCGAAGACGAUCAGAAUGACUCAGAAACCGGCACUCCCGAGUCGGCCACCACCAGUACUACAGCAACAGAUGCCUCCACUUCCACAACUACCACAGAACCUACGACAACAACGACGAUUACAUCAACGACCACGACGACAACGACUAUCAUAAACACAACCGAGGAUGCAAAAUCUACUUCGACCUCCUCGAAGAUAGAAUCGUCUACCUUGCCCACGAAUCCUAGCAUAACAGAAUCCGAUGCUGCCCUUGUAACCAGUAUCCACAGUUCUCUCAGCAGUUAUUCCACGCAGAUGACUGGUUCAGCCACCGUUACCGCCGCGGUGAUACCUAGUUUACCUAAUGUCACACCAAGUGGGUCUGGCGAUCAUUCCAACAAUAACGGUGGUGUUAUUGCUGGAAGUGUUGUCGGCGGUGUGGUUGGACUCGCCAUUAUUUCUGCUGUCAUCUUCCUUUAUCGUAAACGAAAGCGAGAGCGUGAAAUCUGCGAUCUGGAAAUCUUUGAACCACAAAACGAUUCUUAUGAUGGGGACCAUGACUAUAACAGAGCGUGGAACCGUAGUCAGCCAAGCAUGGCGCAAACAUCCAACCAAUUUUAAAAGCCCUUCAUAGAUAGACAUUGGUUUUCUCUAUUUCUUAAAUCGGCACUGUAUUCUACUUAAUUCUACAUCCAAGGCAAAAAUAGCUUUUUAUGCUCAAGAUGUGAUACCCUAUCUUCUUACCGUUCCCGCAUUAAAUAUGC